AUGGCAGAAUCUUAUGUCAAGUCUGCUGUGAAGUCUGAGAAAUCAGCAACCCCUGAACCUUCUCCUAAGCCCGCAUAUGAGUGGAUUUAUCUGCCUAGGGACAGGAAGAAGUUUGAUGGGAAUGUGUUAGAUUAUGUAGAUUUUCGGGAUAACUUUGUGAAUGCUUAUAUGUCCAAUCCCAAAUGUUCCCCAACCAAUCAGUUGGCCAUUCUGAAGGAUCUAGUGUCUGGAAGGGCUGCGGCCAUCCUUAGACAUGUAAAGGGUCAAGGGGCCAUUGAAACCGCCUUGAAGGUUCUUGAUGAGCAUUAUGAAUCUGCCCCACUUCGAGAGGCUGAACUGGAAUAUGAGUUGAACCAUUUCCACCCUAUCCAAGGUGAUGAUGUAAUUAGGUGGGAGGACCUUACCCAUUUUGUUGGUGCUUGCCUUGAACAGCACCUGGCGUCUGAUAAAUUUGAGAACCAUUCGGCUCUCAUUUCGCGUCUUCUUGCCAAGAUGCCUUUGGACUGUCGGGUUUGCUGGGUCAAGAAGGAAAAGAAGCAUGGUUAUAGAGAUCUUCCUGGAGUGCAACGCCUUGAGCGUCUGCAUGAUUUUAUUGGAAAGAUUGCAAGCGAUUUGCGCCUGGCGGUUGGUCCAGAAAAAGGGAAGACUCAGAACCAAACUGAGAAGAAACCUCAGAAGAAAAGGCUUCCUAAAGAAGGUAAGUAUGCAGUUGUUGAACAGCAGGAUCCUCCUACCAACCCCCCGCCCGCGGCUGAAAAGCCAGCUCCAUAUCCGGGCUGCCCCUUGUGCAAUGAAAAGGACAGGCUGGCUAAAUGUGGCAUCUUUGCCAAAAUGGAACCUGAUGCGCAAGUGCGCAAGGUUUUUGAAUAUAAGUUAUGUUUCAAUUGCUUGAAUGGUCAUAGUUGGACAAAUUGUCUCUCGACCAAAGUAUGUGAUGCGGAUCCUGAUUGUAAGUUCAGGCAUCAUCCUUUGUUGCAUGGUGCGAAACUUAUCAAAGAAUUGAUCCCUCCUUCCCCAAAACCAGAGCCAGAAACCCCACUCCACACUAUGGUCGAGAUCCCAGUUAUGAGCACUUGUGCCGAGGGAUCUCCAUUUAAUACCCAGCAUACCCUGAGGUUAGUUUCUCUGGAUGUACGUGGCCCUUCUGGGCUCAAGAAAACUGUACCAGCUUUGCUGGAUCCGGGAUGCGCAAGAACUACCAUUAAGGAAUGUUUGGCUCGAGAAUUAGGACUGGAAUCCAAGGCUACAGGUAGUAUUCUUGUACAGACAGCCAUUGGAAUCUCCUGUCGAGCCAUGGGGAAUGUUUCGUUUGCUUUCAAAGGUUCUGGUGGGACAGAUUGGUUUCUAGCUGAGGACGCGGCUUCUGUCCUUGACUUGGUUACUCCUUCCAUCAAAAUUAACUGGAAGGAAUGGAUUAAGCAACAUUCGGAUUUUUCUGAUGUUGUCAUUUCUGAAACUACUCUGGGAAAGGCCCAAGUCAUCAUUGGGAUUGAUAACAAAGUUUUGAUGUUGGCCAAGCCAGGAACCACUUGCAUGCGUGGGAAGGUCCUGGCCUACCAAACCCCUCUAGGCUGGACAGUCUCUGGCUGUGUCAGUAAUGAGGAUGGGGAGCUGAUCAAUGCUGCCCCUUCGUUUUCGUCUUGGGAGUACCCUCAAAAAGGUCGAGCCUUGCUGGAUGAAUUCAGGAGAUUCAAUUCUCUGGAGGAAGUAGGCAUACAGGUAAGAUCCUCUGGUCUCCUCUAUGAUCAAGAGAAGGAGCUCAAAGAGCUCGAGAAAGAUGUCCAGAUUGUUGGAGGUCGUUUCCAAGUUUCAAUGCUUUGGAAGCCCUCCAAGGAUCCCCCUGAGGUCGGCGAGCUGGAAAGUCCAGAGGGAUCCUCCCUCCGUUGGAUUACCCAGCAAUGUGUUUAUGUUGAUGAUUUGUACGCUGGUUUUGAUUCGGUGGCUGAGGCCACUGAUAUGGUUAAUCGGAUUGACAAAUCUAUGGCCAAGUAUGGGUUUGUCAUGACCAAGUGGAAGUCUAACUUUCCCGAGGUCUUGGCAGGCAUCCCUGAAGAGCGCCAGGACAAGUCAAGCAAGGUAGUCGGGGAGACGAAAGUCUCUAAAGCCUUGGGUCUCCUUUGGGAUCCCGAAACUGAUUUGUUUGAGAAAUUCUGGCUGGAAGGUCCUAAGUGGUUCUCCGUCCCUGAAGAGGAUUGGCCUCAUCAGCCAAAGGUUCUGACUCAGGGCCUGGAUGAGGUGAAAACCAAAUCCAAAGCCUUAAGCGGGAUAUUUGUCCUGAUGGAGGAACCCGAUCCCUAUGUUGAAUGUAACCGAAUUAUUGAUCUUGUGCCUGAGGAAGAUCGAAAGGAUGCGUCGAAGAUCUUAACCUUUGAAAAAGAUCUAGCCAAGUCGGCUCAACAACGUUUUUUUGUUGACGAGCUUAAAAGGAUUCAAAAGGAAGGUAAGAUGUUGUUUUCCAGCGGCCAGCUGGCCAAGUUGAUGGUCUGGUUAGAUCAAGAAGGUCUCCUCAGAGCAGAAACCAGGCUGGGUAAUGUCCAGGGUAUUUCAGAUGUCCAGAAGUACCCAAUUGUUCUACCUCGACAUGCCCCAGUUUCAAAACUGGUCAUCAGGGAUGCUCAUUGUAACAAUGCCCACGCAGGGGCCAAACUGCAGCCACCUGGUGUUUUGUUUGAGUUUGGCGCGUUAUUCACAGCUGCAGCCACCUGGUGUUUUGUUUGGAUCUGCGCGCGUUUCCAACAGCUGCACCCAUCUGGUGUUGAUUUGGUUUUGCGCGCGCUUUUCCCCAGCUCCAAGGAGUUUGGCGGCCAUGACCGUCAUUGUCCUGAGAACCCCGUCAGGGCGACUGGAUGCUUGGGCUUACAACCUGAGAUCUUCCUCGUCGAUCACCAAGUUUCUGGGAUGUCAUCAGCCCCACUGGCAGCUUCAUCGCCAGCUAAACAAGUUCAAGUACAAGUGUAUAAAUCUCCGUCGUCAAAAUACACCGAAGACGUCACCAACUUAAAGUCUAAAGACGCGGGAUUUAAUAUGGUCCUUCGGACCGGAUUCUUGGAUCGUCAACUGUGUGUAUCCAUGUGA